AUGGCACGCCAAAUUUCUAUGAUAAAAUGCACAAUCACCAAUUUUUAUCUGGGGGAUUCCCAGAAGGAGCGCUCCGCCGACAGAGAGGAGUCGGCAAGUCGGCGCCGACGUCGUCCUGAAGACCAGGAGCGGGAUGGCGAAGAGUUGCCACGUCGGCGGGAGCAGGAGCGCUCCGCCGAUGGAGGGGAGCCGGCAAGUCGGCGCCGACGUGGUCCUGGAGACCAGGAGCGGGAUGGCGAGGAGUUGCAAUGUCGGCGGCAGCAGGAGCGCUCAGCCGAUGGAGGGGAGCCGGCAAGUCGGCGCCGACGUCGUCCUGGUGACGAGGAUCGGAAUGGCGAUGGCGAGGAGUCACAACGCCGGCGCCGACGACGCAAUCGCCAAUCCGCUGGCUCGAUUUCGAUGAAUUAUACAUUAAAAUAA